CAGCAACAACCGCACCAGCAACAACCACACUUGCGACUACGCCAGAAAUAUGUGUAAAAACAAAUGGUAUGGGCGCUCCACAAAAAAUUAAUGCAGAAGAAAUUGAAAUCGAUGACUCGCCAGUGAAUGGAGAAGGACAAAACCUUAUUCCCGGAAGUGACUCACCAUAUACGGCUAAUCCAACAUCUGGUACAGUUACAAUAGAUAUUCCUUUCGCACAAGACACUGACAUCGAGAUAGUGAAGAUUGCAUUGGCCGAUACAUUCAAUGUUAAAAACAUAAUUGAUGUUGUUGUGUAUACCACUGACGGUGAACCUAAAACAGUUACUGACAUUGAAUCUGCUUUGGAGGUUACCAGUGAAGGAGAUUUCAAAGAUUUCACACUUGAAUUCCUUGAGAUUGGGUCGUUUGUGUCCAUUACCUUGGAAGUGGAGAAUAGUGGGAUUUACAUGAUCGGAUCCCUUGACGUUGUUGCAUGCUUCAAGUCAGUUGAAACAACACCCACGAUACCACCGACAACACCUGAAACAACCACAUCUGUAACUACAACAGUGGAAUAUACAACAGGAAGUACCGUUGUUACAACACAAGGUACUACCACCACAACUGUAGAACAAUGUACAGAUACAAUUGGUAUGGAUGAUUCAGAGAAGAUUGAUGAGAAAAAUACCAAAAUAACGAAUGACAAAAAUGA